AUGUUUCAGGAAGUUAGUCCAGCUGCAACAGAUGGACAGAAAUCAACAAGUUCUCAUUCACAUGAAGAUGAGUACACGGGACCAGUCAUUCACCUAACAAAUGAUGAACCAUCAGUACUUGAACCUUUGAAAACAGAGAUCCAAGAUUGUGUCCACAUUCAUACUGAAUGUCCAACAAUAGCUGAGGUUCAAUUCGAUCAGAAGGAUAAGAAUAAUAAUACAAUACAAGCAGGUUGUACUGAAGAUCUGAUCAUACAGCAUAGUCCUCAAAUGAAACAUUUAGAGGAUGAGCAUAAUGCUGCAAUAAAAACUGGUUGUACUGAAGAACUGAGCAUACAUUUAGAGGAUGUGCUUAUGUCCGAUAAAGAGGAAGAUAGUAUCGAAGAUUUGAAAAAAGAGCAUAGUCCAGUGAUGGAUGAGCAUAUUGCCACAAAAGAAUUAUGUUGUGCUGACGAAUUGAACAAACAUCAUAGUACUAAUUUGAAAGAUUUACAGGAUGAUGUGAAUGCCACAAUAACGGAGUUUGUUCAAGAUGCUUUAGACGCACUAAUAUUUGGGUUGUCAACACCUUCGAAUACAAAUAAAUUCGAUGUUGUUACACCAAAUUUAGUGACGGAAAGCCAGUGGUCACUUUCAGAUAGUCAGUUUCCACCUGACUUUCCUGAUGCACAAGUAAGGGAGCUUGAAGCAGCAAAAGCACGUGAAGUAAAACAGAAAUCAACUGUAAAAAGAGACAGAAAAAAUUCAAAGAUUUUCAGGUCACCAUACAUCACAAAAUUUGGAUCGAGCUCUAAAGAUGAGGGCAGUUUUGAUAAUGAAGAGAAGCAGAGGAAACAAACAGACAAGCACUAUCUAAAACAUACUCCAGGAUUAGGUUAUCCUCUAUUGGACUUUAUUGUUGCACAAGCACUCUCAAAGAAUUGGUUCUACUUGAUAUCGCAACUCAAAAUAUGUUGGAAUGAUGAGCACUUAGAUGUGAUAUUCUACUAUUUGAGAGAAAAAUCAAAGUUGCAGCAGUGUGAUACAUAUAGAUAUACGACAACCAUCUGCUUCUUCAAAACAUAUAUGGACAAAACAUACGAACGAUAUUUUCCAGUAGUUAAAACAGAUCAGAUAUCCACGCAAGAAGACUGGGUGGAAUCUGUUGCUUGUGCUUCUAAUGAAAUUGCUACAACAAAUAUAAUUAAUAGAUUCUGUAUUCCUGCGGAUUUACCAUGGCAUUUGGGUGUUGAGGUAUAUGUUCCUAUUAACUGUGGAAAAGAACAUCACUGGGUAUUGGCUGUAAUUGUGUUAAAGGAGAGAACAAUACGCGUGUAUGACUCAUUGUCAAGCAAAAAGAAAAGUGAACCACCAACUGAAAUACGAAAGUUAGCACCCAUGCUGCCUACUUACUUGUUGGACAGUGGUGUUUUUGAAAAGACUGAAAGAAUUGACUGGUCAACGCUUAAAGCGUACGAAGGAAAGCUUGGUCUACAAACUGGCAAGAUAAGUCACAACUCAUUUGAAGUGGAAUAUGUCCAAAAUAUUCCACAGCAAGCGUCUGAUAGUUUGAACUGCGGGGUCUUUGUGUCUGCAUAUGCAGAAAUAUUGAGUGAAGGGCAGGAAGUCCAGUCAUGUGAGUUUGAAGCUGCUAGUCAACGUGCAUGGUAUGCUUCGUUACUAUGGAAUUACGGAGUGGCGAAGGCAAAGAAAGGUUAUACGAGUGAUAAUGAUGAUCCUCCUUGGUCAAAGAAUACUUUUCUCCAAUCACCUGAUGAAAGUGCAAUUGUUACUUUGGAGUAG